AUGACAAAGGCUUCUACCUGUGUAUACCACUUCCUUGCUCUGGGCUGGUAUAUUUUCCUCAAUUAUUAUGUGUCCAAUUCCGAAGGAAAUCCACAGAAAGCCAAGAUUUUCCAAAAUGGUGGACAGUGGAAGUACUUGACAUUCCUUAAUCUGUAAUUGUUACAGGCCAUUUUCUACGGGGUCGCCUUCCUGGAUGAUGUGAUGAAAAGAAUUACAAGAAAAAAAGACAUUAAGUUCGUAACUGCCUUCAGAGACCUGCUUUUCACCUCACUGGCUUUUCCUACAUCCACAUGUGUCUUUUUGUUGUUCUGGGUCCUCUAUCUGUACGACCGAGAACUCGUUUACCCUAAGGUCCUAGAUGGCAUCUUUCCAGAAUGGUUGAAUCAUGCAAUGCACACUUCCAUAUGGCCCCUCACGUUGAUGGAGUUCUUCCUCAGACCACAUCAGUAUCGAUCAAAGAAGAAAGGACUCACAUUGUUAACUCUGUUUUGUCUUUCUUAUAUUGGCAGGGUCCUAUGGAUCUACUCCAAGACUGGCACGUGGGUGUAUCCUGUAUUUGAAAAACUUAGCCCAGUGGGUCUAGCAGUCUUCUUCACUUUCAGCUACAUCUUUGGCAUUAGUAUCUACCUAAUUGGAGAGAAGCUCAACCACUUGAAAUGGGAUCCCAAACCACAGGAAAUUAUCCAGAAAAAUGUGUUGACAUAUCAGAGCUAA